UGUGUGUGUGUGUGUGUGUGUGUGUGUGUGUAUACAAACACAUGUAGUGUUGUGUGUGCGUGGGUGGGCUUGGAGUCAUGUGAAUAGUUUUUUAUGAAUAAAAAUAAAAAGAAACAUUUAAAUCCAGUAGAGGUGGUUACAUUCUUACAAACAGUCUGCAGUUGUCGCCCUAUGCGCCAUGUGUAGUCCACACACACAAACCACACACACCAUGUCUCUCUCACACAAAGACACACACACACACACACACACACACUGAAACCCCUCCAGAUCUCCUCCUGUUGAAACAUUUAAGCUGUAUUAUUAUUAUUUUCAUAAACGUGCUUUUUGUCAUGUGUGUUUUUGUUGCACAGCUUCUCGCGAUGCAUGCACCCCCCCCUCUUCCCCUCCUCCUCGUCCCUUUUUUUUUUUUUGUAAACCAAUUUCAAGUCCGUGUCGUAGGUGUCGCUGUUGACCACGUCUGCAUCCGCAGUGCGAGCGUGUGCGGGAGGGAGGGAGGAAGGAGGUGGGUCGGGGGUGGAGGUGGAGGAGGAGGGGGGGUGAGAGUGGAGGCUGCGUCUCAAGGCCAUUUUCAAAUCUCAUUGGUGGGCUUGUCAUGUGGUCGGGAGGCAUCCUGACUUAACACGGAGAUUGUUUUUUCCUAGAUAUGUCAGCUUACAAAGGACAUCUCUCUCCUCUAAAGAACUUAACCCCCCAAAAUGUCCUUCCCCAGUAGCUCUCCUGCGGCAAACACAUUUUUAGUGGACUCUUUAAUUGGUGCUUGCAGGACGGACAGCUUUUACUCCAACAGCAACAUGUACAUGCCGUCCGGCUCUGAAAUGGGAACUUACGGAAUGCAAACCUGUGGACUCCUGCCGUCUUUCGGCAAAAGAGGGGAGGUCAACCACCAAAAUAUGGGCAUGAAUGUCCACUCGUACAUACCUCAAAUAGAUAACUGGACUGAUCCGAAUAGACCCUGCAGAAUAGAGUCGUCCAGUCAGAUGUCAAACUGUACAUUUUCACAGAGCAUAAAGGAAGAGAGUAACUGCUGCAUGUACUCCGAUAAGAGAGUACAAAAAGUCAGCCCGACAGAGGUCCCUGCAUAUUCUAACGUUAUUCCCGAGUCUUGUCCAGUCGAUGGUCCCGAGAUCCCGGUUCCGGGCUAUUUCAGACUGAGCCAAACUUAUGCGAAUGGAAAACAUCAGGAAAACUACUGCCACGAGCCGUCGAGUCCAAACCCAACAUUGAUGCAACUCAGCCGGGUCACUCCGAAACCGCAGUCUUCUUCGGCGUCUUCUAAUUUCGCAGAGGUGGAAAAGAAAAGUGAGGACGUCCCGCCAAACCCGGAGACCUCAAGAACACCGGUGCCCGUAGCAGAAAGCCCGGAUCCAAAGUCCACCUCGUUGGAGAAAAACUGCUCCAUGGAAGCGUCUGUGUCCAGUCCUGAGCUGCUCCAGAAGGAAGGGAAAGACUGCAAGAGUGAUCCUCCAACGAGCAACUGGUUAACUGCAAAAAGUGGGAGAAAGAAAAGAUGUCCCUACACAAAGCACCAGACCUUGGAGUUGGAAAAGGAGUUUCUGUUCAAUAUGUAUCUGACCCGAGAGCGCCGCCUAGAGAUCAGCAGGAGCGUCAACCUGACCGACAGGCAGGUCAAGAUCUGGUUUCAGAACCGCAGGAUGAAACUGAAGAAAAUGAGCAGGGAAAACCGCAUCCGUGAACUGACCUCAAAUCUCACCUUUUCGUGAGCUUGCAUGCAAUCUGUGGUUAGCUGUCCUCUCUCUCUCUCUCUCUCUCUCUCUCUCUCUCUCUCUCAUAUUCAGUUUGAUGCUUUAGUGGCAUUGGACGUUUAUCUUCAAUUUCAACGAAACUGUGACUAUAUAUAUGCCAAUUUUAGUACUUUGUGUGGCGUCGUGUAUUUGUUUUUAUUUCAUCACAGGGUAACACUUUUUUUGGUCUUAAAUUAUUGGAGAAGUCGAUUUCUUCCUUCUGCCAGUAGACAUGGAUUAAUUCUAUUGUGUCACGAUGGCGAGCUGUUGUUUUCUUUCUUUUCUCGGAAAGAGUUACUCUAUUUCAGUCAUGAAAGCACAUUUAUUGUCGUGUAUAGUGCAACAUUUGUUUUUACAAGUAAGUGCAAGCCAUUUGCCCAGUAGUGAAAUGUUUCUAUGAGCCUCUAAAGUGACGGGAAACGAUGUUAAUCUGUGAAUUUAUUGCAUGUUUGUGGCAUGUUAUCUUGCAAUAAAUUGUCAAAUAAUCUCGUUUUUGUAUUUGUUGUUGUGUGUCGUGCAAAAAUAACUCCAAAUGUGCGGCGUUGUCUGAGAUUGACGCAAGUGCGCAAUUGUGCGUAAAAUGGUUACGAGGAGGGGAAAUAAGUGCAAGUAAAGAAAACGCCACACCAAAGAUGUUUAGGACAUGUGUUUGUCGUUUUGCUAAAUGUUUAUUCAUCUGAGGAAAGAGGCCUAAAUUCUCGAUUUGUUUGUGGGCUCCCAGCAGAUUGAAUGUGUGCGGUUUUGAAUCGUAUAACAGGCCUGUUAACCUGUUAUUACGCAGCUUUUAAAGAGCCACAUCCACGGAGACAAAAUCACACACACGCUCUGAUAGUUGUGAAAAUAAUACACCAAAAAGACUUUACGCACGUGUCCAAAUAUAAAAAAAAAGAAAUAUUCCAGCCUCUUCUUUGUGUAUCAUUUUAUGUGUGUGUG